AUGUUCUCCCGUGCACUGCUAUUAUCGUGCUUGGUUGUGUCCUCUUAUGCGGCGUUUUGGAACCUAUUUGGGAUGGGUAGAUGUUCCUUAACCAGAAGUCUGUUUGAAUACAAUGGCUAUGGAUGCAACUGUGGCUUGGGACGAAAGAAUCAAAUUCCGGUCGAUGACGUCGACAGAUGCUGCCUACGACACAGCGCUUGCUAUGAAGGUGCCUUGGAAAGCGGUGAUUGCAACCACUGGUUUUCACCUUAUUUCACCAGUUACAGUUGGAAAUGCGAGAACAAAACAGCCCUGUGCCAAAGUUUGUUUCAACCCAUACGCACAAAGUCAUUCAUCGGAUUAUUAGAGCUAAUCAGCUUUAGCUCCAGUGGACAGUGGCACUCUUAUUAUUUUUCUAAGCCCAGAUAA